ACUCACUUUCUCUCGCCUUUUUAAAUUCAUUCCUAUCGCGCUUUACAUUCUCAUUCUUCGAGCAGGGUUUUAGCAAAACCCCUCUUUUUUUUAUUCGGCCAUCACUUUUGCUACCAUUUUUCUGUGGUUUACCUGUCGGACUGUCGUUUUGCUUGUUUGACCGGAAAUGUCAUCGUCGGUAGCGGUGGAGACAGAGAAGAAAGAAGAGGAUGUGAAAGGAGGGGAACUGUUGUUCUGUGGUACGACAUAUUGGGCCACCGUUGACCGCCGUCACGUGUCACCGCAAAGCAACUUAAUUUCUCCCACACGACUUCGGCCUCUCGUCGGCGUCGACAUCCGUUUUGUUGCAUCCGGCAGCGCAUCUAGUCAUUGUGUGGCAUUGGAUGUCGAUGGACGUUGCUACACAUGGGGACGAAAUGACAAGGGGCAACUUGGACAUGGUGAUACAAUCAUUCGAGAGAAGCCAACACUUGUGUCUGGUUUGUCUAAGUAUAAAGUUGUGAAAGCAGGAAGUGGGGUAGGCCAUACUGUUGUUCUAACUGAAGAUGGCCUUUCUUUCUCUUUUGGUUGGAACAAACAUGGGCAACUUGGAACAGGGUCAACCAAAAAUGAGUUUGAAUUAUCUCCAGUACGUUGUCUUAUAACGGAUGUAAAAGAUGUUUCAUGUGGGGCUGAUUUUACUGUUUGGUUAUCUUCCAUUGAAGGCGCUUCGAUACUAACUGCAGGACAUCCACAGUAUGGUCAACUUGGACAUGGAACUGAUAAUGAGUACAACAUGAAGGAAAGCUCUGUGAAGCUUGCUUAUGAAGCUCAACCUGUGCCUAAGGCUAUAGCUUCUCUUUCAGAGGAAACAAUAAUCAAAGUUGCUUGUGGGUCAAAUCAUACAGUUGCAUUGGAUUCAAAGGGCUAUGUUUAUACGUGGGGCAAUGGAGGAUAUGGAAGGCUUGGACAUAGAGAACAAAAAGACGAAUUUACCCCUCGGCGUGUUGAUGUUUUCACAAAGCAUAAUACUUUACCACCCACUGCAGUUAUUUCAGCUGGUUCUGUAAGCUCUGCUUGUACUGCUGGUGCAGGGCAGAUGUACAUGUGGGGUAAAAUAAAGCUUACUGGUGAUAAUUGGAUGUACCCUAAACCUCUCAUGGAUCUCAGUGGUUGGAACAUACGUUGCAUGGAUUCAGGAAAUAUGCAUUAUUUUGUUGGUGCAGAUGCUUCAUGCAUAAGUUGGGGCAAUGCUCAAUCUGGUGAACUUGGAUAUGGGCCUAAUCAGCAGAAAUCUUCAGCGAUACCCAAAAAGGUUGAUGAUCUUGAGGAUAUGCAUGUUAUCAGUGUUGCAUGUGGUUCAGCACAUUCCUUGGUGGUGGUUGAUAGGUCAAAUGUAGGGAAACGGCUUGACAAGCUUGAUGUUUAUGAUGGCAAAGACCCCAGUGAAGUGGUUGAAGAACCUUCUACUGCUAUGAAACCUAAAAAGGCGAGUGCUGCAAAAACAUCUGAAAAAUCAAAGAAGAAGACAAAAUCUGAGGAGCCACCUGAGUCGGAAGUUGAAGAGGAAAACGGUAAUGAAAGUGAAGAUGCUAGCAAUGAAAAAGCAAAUGGGAAUGGUGGAAGAAAGAAGCAGAAGGGUGGCAAGACUUCCGGCAAAGGCCGUGGUGGAGGCCGCCCAUCGGCCACCACAAAGGGAGGAGCAACACCUGAAAAAUCCAACAAGAGGAAGACAAAAUCUGAGGAGCCACCUGAGUCAGAAGUCGAAGAGGAAAACGGUGAUGAAAAAGGUGGAAGGAAGAAGCAGAAGGGCCCAUCAGCCGCCACAAAGGGAGGAGCAACACCAACACCGGCCAAAAGAGGAAGAGGAAGGCCCAAGAAAUCUUAGACAAGGGGUUUUGGCAGUUCGUAGUUGUAGUUGUAACUUUUUGUUUCACUCAUCUCGUAUAUUGAUUGAUGAUUCACCUUUUUAACUGUUGAUUUCUGGUUGGAUGGGGUUUUUGUUGGUUGUAGGAAAGAGAACUAAUGUCGGCUAUGAUGGGUUUUUGCCCUUUUUGCUACCAUAGUGGAAC